AUGGCCCAGACUCUCAACCCGGAAGCACUCUCAAGUUUAUCACCAGAGUAUCUGGCUGAGGAUUGCCACGAGAUCUGGUGGCGUUGGAACAUUGCACUUACAGUCCUUAUAACCGUUGUCUAUGGUCUAUUCAAUAUAUCCCGAGUUUUCUUCGCAAAGUACAAUGGCUGGGAAAUCUGGACAUUAUAUCCGCUCUCAUAUGUCUCUUGUAUAGGACUUUGCAUCCUAUAUUUUUUCGCCAUCGAUAUAGGGGGUGCAGGGAAACACUUGGUAUACUGGGAAAUUCACGAUCCGAAGACUAUCACCACAUACCUUAAGCUUCAGACUGCGUCAGAGUUUCUCUAUAUGCUCACCGUAACGCUCCCCAAAGUCUGUAUCAUCAUCCUGUAUCUCCGUAUCUUUACCGAGCGCAAGAUCCGGCUUAUAACAAAGAUCGUCCUUGGAGUUGUAAUCAGCAAUUAUGUUGCGAUCGGUAUUAUCGCCAUCCUUACAAUUUGUAAGCCAUUUGCCUACAAGUGGGACAAGACGAUAGACGGCCACUGCAAUAACCUCAUGAAUUCUUACCGGUAUACCAGCUUACCGAACAUCAUCACGGAUGUAGCUAUUCUUGUCUUACCUUUUCCCAUGCUUUACAAACUACAAGUAAGCCCGAUGCGCAAAUUUGGGAUAUUCCUUACUCUCCUAACAGGAAGUCUGGGCCUUAUAACCGCUAUUGCUCGCUUCUCCGAGUACUUAGGGGCCGAUUGGAUGUUGGACCCAACAUACGCGGGCAACAAGCCUAUAAUUCUCGGCAUUAUCGAAUCACAUGCAUAUUUCAUCUGCUCUUGCUUACCUGAAAUGCGACCUCUAGCGCGCGGGAUCUAUAGGAAAUUUAAGCCCCAUAAAGUCAAAGAGAUUCACUACAACCCAAGUCCGUCCUCCCAGCCUGUGGGAUCCAAUGGCUAUGGUUCUUCUGUCGGUAACCUCCAUGGCAGUUACAAGACAUCAAUUUCGGUUCUCGGGGGACAGCAGGAUUAUACCAAAGGGGUUGAAAACCCUACUAUAAUUCAGCUCGAUAAGACGGUUCAGGUGAAUUAUUCUCAAAAGCGCACUCCCCUAAGAGACAUGGUCUAA